CUCAGCAUAAAAGUUAGUAGUGCAGUUAGGAAAGCUCUGUGAGCUGUCAAGUGGAGGAAACCAUUUCCUUAAGAGAAACAAUGUCCUGGCUUGCCUUGGCUUCCCGGAAAGUAAGCUUUCUUACAGCCAAGGCAUCAGAUCCGCUUUGCUUGAGAAGCCCUUUGCUCCUCUCAAGAGUGGGGACUUCUCAGCUGGCUGUGGAUGCUUUCUGGCACCUUGCUGGAUUGGCCCACUGCAGUCCCCCCUUCUCUAAGGACCCAGAUCCCUACAGAACCAACGCGGAGUUACUUUCUUUCCCUUCAAGGAGGCAGAAAGAGCGGUGAUUUGUGGCGAUCGCAUUUGCAGCUGUUUCCCUAUCGUGUUAGCCGCCUCUUAGUACUAAUAGAUGUGAUUUCUGUGGGCAACGGAGGGGAGUGCGGAGGACUCAGUGAUUAAUAGUGAAUUCCCAUCGGCGGGCAUCUUUCUGCCCCUCUUGCGUGAUGUAAGAUCAGACGUACCCUGCAUCGAAAAGUCCAGACACACAGCGCCUGGCUGGCGCUCGCACGCUCUCCGCAGGCGCGCUUUCGCUCACCUUCCACAUCCUGCUCCUGGCAGAGCAAGGCGGACUGGCUGGACCCACCGACCAGGGAUUUCCAGUGACAUUUGUAAAUGACGCGGCUCCGCUCCAGGCUGCCAGCCGCCGCGGCCCGGCCAAGGGUGCCGCCGACCAGUCUGCAGCACAGGCUCACCGGGAAGAUCAUCAUGUCCCAGUUGCUCCUUGCCAUCCUUACUCUCUCGGGAUUAUUGCCUAACGCCGAGGUGCUGACUGUGGGAGCCGACCAAGAUCAGCAUCUGUGUGAUCCUGGUGAAUUUCUUUGCCAUGACCAUGUGACUUGUGUCUCCCAGAGUUGGCUGUGCGAUGGGGACCCUGACUGCCCUGACCAGUCAGAUGAGUCUUUAGAUACCUGUGAGUAAAAAGGCUCUUUGCCUUUGGAUUUGCCUCCGUGUGAAACCAAAUGUCAAUUGCUUUCACAUAUAACUGGUGUUCUGGUUGAUUCUAUUUUUAUUCCCUUUUAAACAUAACCGGAGAAAUGUGAAACCUUUUGUUUCUGAUUUCUUUAAAGUGGGCAUGUGAAGGAGAGUGAAGUGCAGUUGUAGCAUGUGAAGUAACUUAGAAAGGGGAAAGAAUGCAAUGUUAAUGCUUGCACUGUACUUGGGCUGGUAUUAGGAACUCUAUUUGAACAGAAACAGAAGUAAAGUAUAGCAACACAGGUCUUUCUUCCAGUUGGACUAGCACAGGUUUUCAGAUAAAAAGGAUCAUUAAGAAAAUCAAAUCCUAGCUCACACAUCAUUUAUAUUAACCCUUAGAUCUUUGCAGAUUGCAGAACAUAAUGUCUUUAGAAUUUUCUCGGUGAGGGUCUUAACCUUCAUAAAAGGAGAAUUCGGUGCCCAUGGAGUCUGUGGGCUCUAAUCCCAGUUGGACUAUAGCUACAUUAACUUCCCUGAGGAUUUGCUCAUACUUUACAUGCCACUGUAACUAAAGUAUGAAUAACUGUGUGAGUGUGACAGAAUGACCACCAGGCACCAAUUUCCAUAUCACCCUCUCUAGGCCUGCAUCAUCAGUCUGUGGUCCUCUGUGACCAGAUCUGCCAGCUUAUCAAUAUUAUCUCC